UGCAGAUGGUGGUGGGCUGGUGGUGGGUAGGGUGUAUGUUGAUUACAUCCUUGUACCGCUCUUCCCUCAUCGCCCACCUGUCUGUGCCCACCACCUCCCCACCUAUAGAUCACCUGGACCAACUUGUUGGUCUUGAUGGCUCCACCUGGGGUAUCGAACCUGGAUUUGGCCUAGGUUGGGAUUGGUUUAAACUCAACACCAACCCGAAGGUGAAAAGUGUUCACCAAACUUCAGAUCCUGAACAUGGAGGAACAAAUGACGCGAGUGUUGGAGGGACGCCACGCCUUCUUCACCUGGAAAUACUACAUCAAGACCAUCAUCGCUUCUCGUUAUACUGACGAUUUCGGCUACACCCCCAUCCACGUCAGCCGUCAAGAGUUUAUCCCUGGCUCCACCGGUUGGGGUGUCAGGAAGGGGCUGCCGUUCCUGGAGCCCAUGGAUAGGAUCCACGACCACCUGGUGGAGUCUGGACUCGUCAACUAUUGGUUAAAUGAACUCUUCGAGGCGGCCAUGAGUGAGACAAGGGCAGAGAUGAGAGACAAGAAGAUGAAGGACUCUGGUACUGCUGAAGGCGUCGUUACUGAGAUGAGCUUCCUCCCUACACAGUCCGAGUCUUCAGGUCAAGGGGUGAAGAGGAUGUUGGUGCUGAGCCUGAACCACCUACAGGGAUCCUUCUACAUCCUCCUGCUGGGGUACUGCGCCGCCUCCCUCGCCCUCCUACUCGAGAGGAUUGUCUAUACUGCCCGCAAGGACCCACACACACACACUCGUAAACACCUACACACACUCACACACUCGUAAACAAACAAACAAACAAACAAACAAACAAACACACGACCUUAUAGGGCUGAGAUGAGAGGACGAUUGAGAUAGUGGUGUACUGUUGAUCUCCCGGUUAUCUCCCCCUAUCUCUCCACCUCUAUAUAUAUAUAUAAUUAUCUCUCCACCUCUCUAUCUAUACACAUCUCCCUCUCUAUAUGUUGGCUGGAUAAUGUAGUACCAUUUUUACCACUAUUAUACUAACAUCGGGCCACUAAUAUGUCCUCCUCAGCCGUCAACACCCAAAGACUUGAAAAGACAGCUAUAUCACUCACACCCUCCACCUCACUCAAGGACGACCUGUCACCCUAUAACUCCAGUUGAUGACGGGAAGGACUAAAGUAUCUUAAAUCACCAUAACUAUUUUAUCUGAAAGACAAUGUAACUAGAGAUCAUUCAGUGACUCUACAGUAAUUAGUGCCAAUAAAACCCCCAGGACUAACUUGCUCAAUACUAGACCAAGGUGAAUAAAUACUCAUCAUUAUUUACGUGAAGAAUGAAUAAAAAAAACAUCCCCAAUUAGUGUAAAAACAUCCAUUGGUGAAAUCAGAAUAUAUGUAAAUCCUGGCGCUUAAGAGUUUUAUCAGCCUCUUCCGUUGGCAGGGGGGUGUGGGGGGUAAAAUAACCGUAUAUUGGAAUUAGUUCAUUUUACCGCCAUGCCUUCCUUAUCAAGUCUUGUACUGCGGUGUCUUUUAUGACUAAAUUUUCUUCAGACCCAACACGGCUUAAUAAUGUGAUUACUACACCGAGCAGGAAAUUCCCACUAAAUUUAUAUCGACAAUAUUCUUGUGUAAUGAUAACUUGAGUGUGUGUGUGUGUCCAAGUUUAUGAAAUAGUAGUGUGAUGUAAUAGGAGUUAUCUUUGUUAUCUUUCACACAUGUUUUAACCCAAAGUAAUUUAUUCGUCUUAUUUAAUUUGUGUAUUUUCAGUAAUGUGGAUGUGCUCAACUUAAUAAACGCAUUCAAGAAUU